AUGAGAGUGAAAAUGGGAGAAGUAAAUCAUUCCACAGUGACUGAGUUUAUCCUCGCUGGCUUAACUCAGAAACCAGAGCUCCAGCUGCCCCUCUUCCUCCUCUUCCUGGGAAUCUAUGUGUUCACAGUGGUGGGGAACCUGGGCAUGAUCACCCUGAUCAGGCUCAGUUCUCACCUGCACACCCCCAUGUACUAUCUCCUCAGCAGUCUGUCCUUCAUUGACCUCUGCCAUUCCACUGUUAUUACCCCCAAGAUGCUGAUGAACUUCGUGACAGAGAAGAAUGCCAUCUCCUUUUCUGAAUGUAUGGCUCAGUUCUACUUAUUCAGUACAUUUGCAAUUGCGGAGUGUCACAUGUUGGCUGCAAUGGCAUAUGACCGCUAUGUUGCCAUCUGUAGACCCUUGCUUUACCAUGUUACCAUGUCUUCUCAAGUCUGUGGCUGGAUGGUAGCUGGAGUGUACAGCAUUGGCUUGACAGGUGCCACUGCUCACACAGCCUGCAUGCUGAGGGUGCUUUUCUGCAAUGCUUAUGUAAUAAAUCAUUAUUUUUGUGAUUUAUUUCCAUUACUGGAACUUUCCUGCUCCAAUACUUCCAUCAAUGAAGUAGUAGGUCUGAGCUUCAGUGCUUUUAAUGUCUUCAUCCCUACCCUGACUAUUUUCACCUCCUACAUCUUCAUAAUAGCCAGCAUCCUCCGCAUUCGUGCCACUGAAGGCAGGUUCAAAGCCUUCAGCACUUGCAGCUCCCACAUCUCAGCUGUUGCUACAUUUUUCGGUUCUAUAGCAUUCAUGUACCUGCAGCCCUCUUCAGUCAGCUCCAUGGACCAAGGAAAAGUGUCCUCUGUGUUUUACACCAUUCUUGUGCCCAUGCUGAACCCUCUGAUUUACAGCGUGAGGAAUAAGGAUGUCAAAAUUGCCCUAAAUAAGAUCCUUGAGAAAAGUUUCUUAUGA